CGCCAAGCAGCCGCGAAAGCGUGCAAACACACAUUAAAUCGGGCCAAUUCCUAUUUAAGUAUAUCUAUAUAUAAAUAUAUAUCUCUCUUAACUACAAAACAAAAGGGCAAUAGAGCAGCAUUGGCUCUCUAGAAAGUGAUUGACAAAAUAUUCAAAGUGAAGCAGGAAUCAAAUAUUAUUAGAGUAGCCAUAACCUUGGGGGAAAAAUGCCCAAAACUCUUUGAAUAACCCUUUCAUCAAUUUCUCUUCUUUGCGCUCUGCCCUCUCCCCUCUAUCGAGUUUGUGUUUUAUUUUUGUGUCUGUGUGUGCGUGUGGUGUGUUUGUGCGACGACAACUGUGGUAAUUGGGUCAAUCCUAAAGAGCAGAAGAAGAAAAUAACCCAGCUAACGUAUUGAAAGGACUAAGCUGGGGCAAGCGACAAAAACAAAAACGAAAACAGAAAAGUGUCCACCUGUUAUGAAGGUAGCCUAAUAGAAUAAUAACAACAACAUGGAGGCCACACAGCCAAAGGUGCAUCGUCAGCAUCAACGUCAGCGUCGCACUGAAGCACGUCAACGUCGGCUGGAGCGUGAAGCCGCUGCAGCAGCAACAGCAACAGCAACACCAACAACACCCACACCAACACCAACGCCAACACCAACAACAGCAGCAGGAGCAACAACAACAAUUGGAGAACAAGAGCUAUUAGCAGCACAACCAACGGAAAAGUUAGCCACAUUAUCGUCAUCAUGUGGUGGUGGUGCUGGCGCUGCUUUAAAUGAUUCGCCAUCUGGAACAGGAGCCACAUCUAGCGCUGGUCGCAUUAGUGCUCAAAGUUCAGCCGAUAGCAUUGAAAUGGUUGGUUCACCUAGUCAAACCUCCCAGCAGACUGUUGUCCUGGUCAAUGGGCAUGCACCGCCAGCAACAUCUUCAACGGAUCAUCACAGUCAUCACCAUCCAGAGGAGGAAGUUUCCUCUUCAUUGGUUGGUGCCACCCAUUUGGAUGAUUCGCCCACAAAGCCAACAUUGAAUAAGCAAAGCGAUGGCAGUCGCAAUUCAUCGGGCGAUGCAUUGAGUUUGCGUGAAACACUUCAGCAACUGCCAGCAGCCACCCACGGACAUCGUUCGAGAAGGACGCAUUCACCGCAAUCGCCAGCAUUGCGUACCCUGGAGGCAGAUUCAUCAUUUCAUCGUGGCAUUUUGGGUUAUAUGGAUCGUGAGCUCAAGCAAAGUUCACCAACGCCAUCGGCUACGGGUGGUGGUGGUGCUGGACCUAGCGGUAGCAGUGGCGGUGCAGCUGGCAGCAGUGGUGCCUCACGUAAACAGCAAUCUCUAUCCGAUCCCCAGGCUAGUCCAGCGCAACGUUCAUUACGUUCGCGUAGCAGUUUCGAUAAGAGUCCACGGCGUAAACGCAGCAAAUCGGAAUCUCGUAGGCGACGUGAACGUAAACUUAUUGCCGCUGGCGAAAUGGAAGUGCGUCAGGCGAAUGAGACUCUAAUGCGUUAUUUGAAACAAUGUUCAGAUAUGCAUGAUGCCUCACUGUCGGGGGAAUUGGAAAUCGAUCAGAGCUAUGAGGAGAGACGAGUGCAUCGCAAGACCAAAUCGCAGCGGGAUAAACGGGGCCAGCUAAUCAGUAAACUGUACUCAGCUGGUGGUUUAUCAUCCAUUUUGAAGGAACUGGCCGAUGACAUUGCCCCAACUGAGGGGGAAGAGAUCUACAAUCCAUUCACACCGGUCGUCUCGCCCACUGAUGAUACGCCCGCGCAUAUAGACAAAAUGUUCUUGCAGACGUCAUCAGGGUAUCGACCAGUGGAGCAUAGCUACUAUAAACGUUCCUUUGUGGGCGUUUCGCGCGGCAUUUCAGGUGGUGCGGGACCAGGUGGUGCUAAUGGUGCGGGUGCUGCGAUUAGAGCGGCUGGAAACGGCAGCUUAGAUGGCAUCUCGGCGGCGGAAUUGGGUGGUGCCGGCAUUGGUGGUGGUGCUGGCGGUGGUGGUCGUCGUCUAUUCCGUUCGAAUGGCUUUGGCUCAGUCAGCGAUACGCGUUGUCUGCUCGAUGCCGACUUCAAUCGUAAUGGCGGAGGCGGUGGUAUUACCAGUAAUAUACAAUUGGCCUGUGUAAUUCAACGAAUUUGGCUACUCAUUUCAAAUAUAUGCCAUGGCCUGUUAGCUGGUCUAGCAUUGGCUCAUUUACUUUUUGUAUUAAGCAGUCAUCCCAUGGAUUGGGCAAAGGUUAUCAAUGGCAUGAGUCUUGCGGGCGAGACAACAUCUGCCACAUCUAUGAUAAUGGUUACACCGACUACAACAACAACAACAGCGACAACAACAAUAACAAGCGGAAGUGGCGAAGCUUCAUUAUCAUCAUCUUCAUCAUCAGCAGCAGCGGCAGGAUCAUCAGGAUCAACGACAAAUGCCAACGAUGCCUUGGCAUUAAUAAGUGAUUAUGCUGGAUUUGCGGAAAUCUAUUUAAAUACCUUCUACUGUUUGGCUAUCAUCUGUCUCGUUUCGGUAUUUGAUCGCAUGGACAUUUGUCGUUGGAGCUUUUCAAAUGCCAGCGAACUGAUAUCAUUUCGUUGGCUCAUCAUCACAAUGAUCUACAUAGCGACAAUAAUACUCACCAUAUGCUCGGACUCUAUCGAUGAGAAACUCUAUCUAUUCAACAAUAAUGCAAAUAUAACACUGACACAACAUGAACUGCUAAGCAACAGUGUACAGAGUGUAUGGAGCAGUUUGUCGGUAACUCGCAGUAUUGCGGCCAUUUCGGGAUGGAUAAUGAUUGGAUUAACACCGCAGGAGGAUAUGCUUUAUGAACAUCUUGUCGAUCUCACCAAAUAUCAAUUGACAAAUAAUUGAAUUUAAGUAUAUAGGGGGGAAAAAAAGGGCAAAACCUAAUAAGAACAAUUUAUUAAAUUUGUAUAUACAUACAUACAUAUAUAAAACUGUAGUUCAAAUUUGUAGCUGCUGUUGUUCAGUUAUUGGCUUUUUAUAUUGUAUAAUCGAAGUUAGUUAAUUAUAAAACCAGAAAUAACUCAAACUAAUCAAUAUAUAAACUAUCUACAACAAUAACAAAACAAA